AUGUUUGAAUUAUAUCAUAGAUAUAUAUCUACUUACCUUAACGUACAAGAGAGGGAUCCUAAAGCACACAAGUUUCUUGGUCUUCUCUAUGAAGCUGAAGGAAACAUUGACAAGGCCGUUGGAUGUUACAAGCGUUCAGUAGAAUUAAACCCAACACAGAAAGAUCUUGUGCUCAAGAUUGCAGAAUUGUUGUGUGAAAAUGAUGCUACUGAUGGAAGGGCAAAAUACUGGGUUGAAAAAGCUUCCAAGCUUUUCCCUGGAAACCCUACAAUCUAUAGGUUGAAGGAGCAGCUUUUAGACUGUAAAGGUGAAGAUGGAUGGAAUCAGCUUUUUGACUUGAUUCAGUCAGAGCUCUAUGCGAGACCUGAUGAUGUAUAUGUGAACAUCCGACUAGUAGAGCUGUACAGGUCAAAUAAGAGACUGAAGGAUGCUGUGGCCCACUGCUGUGAGGCAGAGAGAAAUCUAGCCUUGAGAACAAGCUUGGAAUGGUAUUCAUGUGUUGUGCGAACACUUAAGGAAUAUCUGGAAUCGUUACAGUGUUUGGAGGCCAAUAAAAGCAACUGGCGAGCAACCAAUAAAGACUUACUUCUGGCCUAUGCCAAUCUUAUGCUUCUUACGCUUUCUACUAGAGAUGUACAGGAAAGUAGAGAAUUACUGGAACGGUAUGAUAAUUAUAAGUAAAGCAAUUAAAUCUAA